AAAGCGCCACUAGGACGUCCAUACGCCACCAUGAAGAUUCAAGCAUUCCCGACAAUUGCUGUUGUAGCAGCUCUGCUGUCACUAGUGUGUGGCGCUCCAGCAAGCACUGAGUCAAAUGAACGUGAUGAACGUACCGUUGAGCCAGAAGCAGAAGACCGCUCAUGUAAAAAAAGGGAUGCGGAUGCCCAAAAGGCUUUCAAGAACGGAGAGACGGUGGAACACUGCAAUUACUUUUGCAAACCCUACAAGGACGGGUACUCCUACGAUGAAAAGAAAUAUCCAGUUGGCACCAAGUGCAUGUACGCCGGCAAAGUAAGCAAGUGCACAGAAGAGGGAUGCCGCUAUCCAAAAGAUUCUGCAGACGAUGACGAGAACGGAACAGAGAAGCCAGGGAAAGUGCCAAAUGAGGAGGAAGAAAAAGAAAAUGAGAAAAAAGAAGAGGAAGAGGAAAAGGAGGAGAAAAACGAAGAGGAAGAGAAAAAUGAUGAGAAAAACGAAGAGACAGAUGAAGGGGAAACGCAAGGAGAUGAGGGAAAAGGAGAAGGAAAAGAAGAAGGGGAACCGACAGGAGAUGAGGACGAAAAUGAAGGAAACGUUUCAGAGACGUGAGACACGAAUAAAUCAGACAUUAGCCAAAACGCAACCGCCAGUGAAACGCCCGAUUUUCUGCGAUAGGUUGUUUCAAUAAACAAUGUGCGGCGUGUCUGCAAA